AAUGUUGUCUCAUUGUUAUGUUUGAAGCUAUGUUCUCAGUAUCUUGCUUAUCUGGGUGAGUUGUGACACCCCAUUUGCCUUUUGGGACUGAAAAAUCUUUCUUUCAUUCAUCCUCGUUGUUGUGGAAAAGUGGUUCUCCAAGAUGGAUGCUUUAUCCAAGAAGAACGAAGAUUCUCUAAAGAAAAGAGAUGGGUCUCGGCCUAGUGUCACCGAUUCCAGUGCAGAGUCUAGGGAAACCAGUUUCAGUGGAUCCAGUUCUUCAGUUUCUGCUGAAGAAGUAAAGCAAAAAGGGUCUUCUUCUCCUUCUCCUCUUGGUUGGCCUAUUCUCAAGGCUAAAGUUUCCAAAUGCUCAAAUUCUGAUGAAAAAGAAAAUAAACAUAAAUCCCACUUGGAAGACACAAAAUUUACCUCUAUCCAUUUAAAAUUGUCAGAAGUUGACAUGAUGAAGGAAAGGUUUGCAAAAUUGUUGCUUGGUGAAGAUAUGUCAGGUUCUGGAAAAGGGGUUUGUACUGCUUUGGCCAUAUCAAACGCCAUUACUAAUCUGUGUGCCACUGUAUUUGGGCAAUUAUGGAGACUAGAACCUCUACCUUCUGAGAAGAAAGAAAUGUGGCAGAGAGAGAUGGAAUGGCUUGUUUGCGUUAGUGAUCACAUUGUUGAAUUAAUACCUUCUUGGCAAACAUUUCCUGAUGGGAGUAAGCUUGAGGUAAUGACUUGCAGGCCUAGGACAGAUAUUUUUAUCAAUCUUCCAGCUCUACGCAAACUUGACAACAUGCUUCUCGAAAUUUUAGACAGUUUCACCACUACAGAGUUUUGGUAUAUUGAUCAAGGAAUUGUAGCCCCAGAUGCAGAUGGUUCGGCCUCUUUUCGCAGAACAAUUCAGCGGCAAGAAGAGAAGUGGUGGCUUCCUGUACCCCGUGUACCCCCUGCAGGUCUCAGUGAGGACUCAAGAAAGCAGUUGAAUCACUCUCGAGAAUGUGCAAACCAAAUUCUAAAAGCAGCAAUGGCUAUCAACAGCAUUGCUUUGGCUGAAAUGGAAGUUCCAGAAUCAUAUUUAGAGCUCCUUCCUAAGAAUGGAAGAACUUGCCUAGGGGAUUUUGUUUACCGUUACAUCACAUCAGAUCAAUUUUCUCCAGAGUUCUUACUUGAUUGCUUAGACAUCUCCUCAGAACAUGUUGCACUAGAGAUUGCUAACCGCGUGGAAGCAGCAAUUUAUGUAUGGCGUCGAAGAGCUCACUCUAAGCCCUCACCUAGUCCCAACCGUUCUACUACUAAAUCAUCAUGGGAAAUAGUCAAGGACUUUAUGAUUGAUGGAGAUAAGAGAGAACUGCUAGCAGAUAGAGCUGAAAACAUUCUACUUUCCUUGAAGCAACGGUUCCCAGGCUUAAGUCAAACCACCCUUGACACUAGCAAGAUCCAGUGCAACAAGGAUGUUGGAAAAUCCGUGCUAGAGAGCUACUCAAGAGUUUUGGAGAGCAUGGCUUCUAACAUUGUAGCCCGUAUAGAUGAUUUGCUAUAUGUGGAUGACUUGACCAAACAUUCGGAGAGGUUUGCAUUGGUUCCUACUACAGUUAACGUGGUUUCUCAGCAGAAGAAGGUUACCCGUCCACUCUCCUCAGUGUCUGUCUCAGGCACUACUCCACACAAAGGAGGAUUAGGCACACCUAGCUUUUCACCUGUGCCACUAAUUAGUCCUGCACGAGGGGAGAGAACCCCUUUUCUCCACAACAAUAACAACGGCAUCAAACCUCAUCGUCGUGGCUUUGGGGUGAGGAGAGUGUUAUCAAAUUAUCUUGGAGUAGAGACAAAGUCAAAGAUAUGCGGCAACUCAAAUGAGGUUAAUUGUUCACACCCAGAACAACGUUUGAAGGAAUCAUGUGCCCUCAAAAACAAGACCAAAUGAGGAGCAAGGUUUAUUAUUAUUAAUUAGAGCACUCAUUAUGGGAGGUAGAUGAGAUUCGGUGGCACAAACUCAUAAGCAUUUAUGAAAUUUUUUUUUUUCAUUUGUAUCAUUCACGGAUAUAUUUAUUGGUAGUUGAAAAUUCAAAUUCAUAGUG